GCCUUCAGGAAUUCUAGGCGUCCUCCCGGCGUAUUCGGCCCCUCGCUUAUAUCUUUUAGGCAUGUCCAACGCCCAGGAACAACAAUUCUUUGCCCCUCCGGCUGCGACUUCGGGGUUCUGACAUGCCCAUGACACCCUAGACCCUUGCCUCUUGGACGAAUCAAAUCCUCUCCAAUUCAUUUUCUCCCCCCGGCCAAGUUCCAAAGCCCACGAGAAGCCAACCACAUCCACUCCAUUUUCUUUCCGCUGACCACACCGAGGCUCCGAGUUCGAGGUCGAGGUCGAGGUCGAGCCUUUGCCUUUUGUGGACCCAGGGUUUAAUCGUUUCAUCUUUCUUUUGCCGCUUUUCCUCACCGUUGUCGUCGUCGUUUCCGGUAGUCGGUUGUCAGUCGUUGUUGUCAUCACACCUGCGCCGAGUCGUCCUGAUUGAUGAACUGAGACAACUCUCGCUCUUCAACCCUUUUUUCCCUCUCCAGCUCGAGCUAUACUCGACGGACAUACAGCUUCAGAAAAAAAAAAUCUAUCCAUAGCUCCCCGACCCUCUCCACCCUCGGCAUCAGCAUGUCAUUCUCCUCUCUGGUCCAGGACAUCGCAUUCCGCGAUCAGUCCUUCCAGAACCCUCGUGCCAGCGCAAGCACCAUCAAUAGCACCAACACAGACAACCAGUCAACCAUUUCAAGGCCGUCAGUCGCCAGAUCAUAUACCUCUACCGCCGCCACCAGUGUCAGCAUCGCCGGUGACAUUUCCAGUCAAUUACAUGCCGGAUACAGCCACCCACUGUCGCGAGCAUGGCAAGCAGAAAGACAAUUGACAAAGUCUAUGCUCAUCUACCCGCUCUUCAUCACCGACAACCCCGAUGAAAUAACCCCCAUCCCCUCCCUCCCCAACCAAUCUCGCCUGGGGCUCAAUAAACUCAUCCCCUUCAUCACGCCUCUUGUACAAAAAGGUCUCCGAUCCGUCAUCCUCUUCGGCGUUCCUCUCGCUCCAUCCGCCAAAGACGCACUCGGCACUGCGGCCGACGAUCCAGAAGGCCCCGUCAUCCAAGCCAUCCAGAUCCUUCGCCGCCAAUUCCCCUCUUUAUUCAUCGUCGCCGACGUCUGUCUCUGCGAAUACACCUCUCACGGCCACUGUGGAAUCCUCCGCGAGGACGGCAGUCUCAACAACGCCAUGUCCGUGGAACGAAUCAGCGAUGUCGCCAUGGCAUACGCACAAGCCGGCGCUCAUUGCGUCGCCCCCUCGGACAUGAACGACGGACGCAUCCGCGCCAUUAAAUUAAAACUCAUCGAAGCCGGUCUCUCCCACCAAGUCAACCUCAUGAGCUACGCGGCGAAAUUCUCCGGUUGUUUAUACGGUCCAUUCCGUGACGCGGCGGGUUCGUGUCCUAGUUUCGGAGAUCGGAAAUGUUAUCAAUUACCGCCCGGUGGAAGAGGUCUGGCUCGUCGUGCGAUUGUCAGGGAUAUCAAUGAAGGCGCGGACAUCAUCAUGGUGAAGCCCGCGAGUUCGUAUCUCGAUAUCAUCAGUGAUGCAAAGGAGAUUGCAAAGGAUAUGCCGAUUGCGGCGUAUCAGGUUUCGGGUGAGUAUGCGAUGAUUCAUGCGGGUGCCAAAGCAGGGGUUUUUGAUUUGAAGACCAUGGCUUUUGAAAGUACAGAGGGUAUUCUUCGUGCUGGAGCCGGGAUUGUGGUUAGUUAUUUCACCCCCGAGUUUUUGGAUUGGUUGAGCGCAUGAGUCAUGAAUACGAGUGCAUGAGUGGAGAGGAGAGGUUUGAGAUGAGAUGAGAUGAUGGAUAUGAUGGGGCAUGCAUGAAUGGAUGGAUGGAAUGAAAACGGUGUAGAUAUGAUGUCUCGUUCGAGGAAGAGAAAGAAAGAUCACGGGAGCAAAUGAGAGAUAUCAUAGUGUUGUUGAUGAUCUUUAUUCUCAGGAAUAUCAUCAACGUCAUCAAUAUCGAGGCCCCUAUGCUAUGGCAUCCCAUCUCAUAUCAUGUCAAGUCACGUCGAGCCAUGUCUGGCUGGCUACAUCAAAAAGAAUACCAUGUCAAGCGACCUUUUUUAUAUCUGAAAUACCCAAAUCACAAUCAUUACGGCAUUCUUCAACA